AUGUCCAUAACGACUAAACCUGGAGGUAUUCUGAUUGGAGGCACGGGAGAUCAAAAUGAAGACCCAACACUUCACGGUCUCUUCUUAGAACUGGAGGAAUAUCAAGAAUUCCCAAAGACAUGUAAAAAAUGCCAUCUUCCUAAACCGGAGAGAGCUCAUCACUGUUCAGUAUGCAAACGAUGUGUGCUCCGAUUUGAUCAUCAUUGCCCAUGGAUAGCAAACUGUGUUGGACACUACAAUCAUAGGUACUUUCUCCUAUUCAUGACUUAUCUUACGAUCGCUUGCGCCUACUUUGCUACUCUUGGAUGGCAACCAUUUUUACAGAGUUUGGAAUUUGAUUACGAGUGGGAAUGGUGGAUGCCCAGACCGUAUGUGGCGCUAACAUUCCUACUAGCAGUUUCCAUAGGGGUGGCUUUAGGAGGAAUGUGCUUGUGGCAUUAUUAUCUCGUGGUCAGUGCGCAGACGACAGUAGAGUUCUAUAAUAACCGAUAUGCAAAGAGCGAGGCAAGGCGAAGGGGAGAGGUGUUUGUCAAUCCAUAUAGCCUUGGCGCUGUUAAUAAUUUAAAGCAAUUCUUUAAUGUCGGCCGAAACUAUAAAUACCCCAUAUAUACGAUAUUUCUUCCAAUACCAAUACCACCAUCGGGUAAUGGGAAAGUAUGGGAGAAGAAUGUAACGCAGCGUUAUUCAACGGUACAAGUUGACGAGUACUCAGAAGAUGAAGAAUAG